CGCAAAGUAUAAUAAAAACACAUCCAUCACAGCAAUAUAAAAAGAGUGCUUUCAGUAAGCAAAUUUACAUUAAAUAACAAGAAAUGCGAAAUGAGCUUCGCAAUUUUACGAAAUUUGCUUCGCAAUAUUUCGCCAAAAUCGAAAUCACUUCGCAAUUUGCGAUUUGCGAAGCGCUAAUUCGGACCUUGCUUUGUAGGAUGGCAUGUUUUGGCCAUAUAAACUCAUGAACAUGCUGGUGUAUGAUUGUUCAUGCCAAACAGCUCAUCACAAAAGAAGUGUUUCGGUUGUUGAUGUUAAAGGCACCUUUUGUACUGUUGAGGUACAGUUUUGCUCAUGCUCUUCCGAGUUUGUUCAACUCCUGCAAUUUGGCCUUUGGGGUGCAACACCUACAAAACCAAGAAUUGCAUUUGCAAUUGAGUUUUUUGAAUUGGUUCAUUCUGUGCAGAUGGAAUGCCAGGCAUCAAUAAAAAGCAUUUGUCAGUCAUUUGAAGAGUUUAAUCAUAACCACAUAUUUUCUUAUGCAACACCAAAAAUGUAUCCUGUCAUUAUAGAUGCUUUUGAAGAAUACAGAAUUUACAGACAUAAACUAAACAUGUUGAGCUGUGUUAUUCCUGAGCUUGAUGAAGGAAAUAUCUGUCCUGCUUGUCCCAAAACUGAUGGUGUGAUCUUUGAGUCUCUUGAUGCUCUUUUUAUUGGACGAAGGAAAAAAGCUGGGCAGAGUAUUGGAAAACCUCUAUUUGAACAGCUGAUGUUCUAUGAUCAGACACAUGUUGAUCAAUUUGUUGCCAAUUAUACCACACCUACAUCAAACAAGGAGUGUCAUGGUUUUUGUGCUGGGAAUGCUGUUCGAUCAAUGAAUCGCUACAGAGCUCUUGAUGAAACAGCAAUCUUUGGACGAGGCUGUCGACAUGAGUUUCCUAAAAAAUUCUUAAAUUUGAAACAUGGAGAGUUGGUUUGCUACUUUGAAUGCUUUGUGCAAGUGCUGAAGCUUUUUGCAUACAUGUGGUUGCAUUAUUUAAGAAAAUAUUCUACAUAUUUUAUAGAUUGA